AGUUACGCCUGUGGCGGGCAGGUGGUCCGUGGUAUUAGGACCUUGAACAGUUUACAUUUACCAUGACGUUUUUACCCCAAGAGUCAGGCACAGUCCGGGUUAGGCGUCUUCUUCCCCAGGGAACCCUCGACAGCCAGCUAAGAGGAACCGGGGAUCGAACUAGCAACAUUCCGGUUACCAACCAACCUGCUCUACCCCUCUACCCCUCUACCUCCUGAGCUUCUGCCGCCCAUUUGAAGUGUAGAUAAGCGAGCCCGGCUGUGUGAGCUUAGCCGGCCGUCCAAUGAGCACCGCGGAUCACAACACGGGACCGCUCGGUCCGUCGCAGCCGGGGGGGCCAGGAGAGGAUCUGCGCAGACUCUCCAACUUGAAGACGAGAUGGCUCUCGCCUCAGCAUUAGGAACCCUGUGUAACGUUUGCGACAUCACGGUACAAGGCUGAGACGGACUAGGUACAUGCGUGUAGUGACAUCGGUAUCUUAAAAGUACAAUGAAGUAGGAUAUUUUUAUUUUUUAAGAGUAGACAUGGAUCGUCGAUCGAAGAGAGAAUAGUUUUUUGAUCACAGCCGACCAACAUGAUGUUCACUCUCACAGAGGUUGCAUCCCUGAACGACAUCCAACCAACGUACCGCAUCCUGAAGCCAUGGUGGGACGUCUUCAUGGACUACCUAGGUGUGAUCAUGCUCAUGCUGGCUAUAUUUGCCAUGACGAUGCAGAUCACCAAGGACCAGGUGGCGUGCCUUCCCUUUAUAGAGGAGCCGGAGCAGACGUCAGGGGCGGGGCCUAAACCUUUCUCCACACAAAGUCCAAAGGAGGCAACCACGCAAGGGGUCAAUGGGGCAACGCUGUCCCCCACCCCUCUGAUCAUACCCAAGGACUUACCUGACAGUGAGGUCCACAGGAGCCACGUUUCACAUGCACACACUGCCUCAAUGGCAAAAAUGUAUUCUCAGCCAGCCGGGAUCAGCACCAACCUGGACUAUCAACAAUAUAUCUUUGUCAACCAAAUGUGCUACCACGUUGCCUUGCCUUGGUAUUCCAAGUACUUUCCAUACCUCACCCUUAUCCACACCCUCAUACUGAUGGUCAGCAGCAAUUUCUGGUUUAAGUACCCCAAAACGAGCUCAAAGAUUGAGCACUUUGUCUCCAUCCUGGGUAGAUGUUUCGAGUCUCCCUGGACCACCAAGGCUCUCUCUGAGACCGCAUGUGAGGACUCUGAGGAGAACAAGCAGCGGCUGACGGGGAAGACUACGACUCCAAAACACGCAUCAUCAGAGGGCAAAGAAGAUGGCACGGAUGCAAGCUUGUCCACACCCAUGCUUGGAAACACGGGGGUCAAGUUCUCCGCCGAUAAGCCCAUCGUUGAGGUCCCAAGUAGUAUGACGAUCCUGGACAAGAAAGACGGCGAGCAGGCCAAAGCCCUUUUUGAGAAGGUGAGAAAGUUCCGGGCCCACGUGGAGGACAGUGACUUCAUCUACAAGCUGUAUGUGGCUCAGACCAUUGUCAAAACUGUCAAGUUCAUUGUGAUUUUGUCAUACACGUCCACUUUUAUGGCUUCUAUCGAAUUUGUGCACGAAUGUGUGCCCGAAAUCAAACAUCUGACCGGGUACAGCCGGUUCUACUGCACCCACAAUAUGGCUUACAUGCUGCGAAAGCUUCUUCUGAGCUACAUGGCUUUGAUUAUGAUCUACGGAAUGGUGUGCAUUUAUUCUCUUUUUUGGCUAUUCCGGCGGUCCCUUAAAGAGUACUCCUUUGAGAAGGUCCGAGAGGAGAGCAGCUUCAGUGACAUUCCAGAUGUCAAAAACGACUUUGCGUUCCUGUUACACAUGGUUGACCAGUAUGACCAGCUAUACUCAAAGCGUUUCGGUGUAUUCUUGUCUGAGGUCAGCGAAAACAAGCUGAGAGAGAUCAGUCUUAAUCACGAGUGGACUUUUGAAAAAUUGAGGCAGCUUGUCACGCGAAACCCACAGGAUCAGCAGGAGCUGCAUCUCUUCAUGCUCUCUGGCCUUCCCAAUGCAGUGUUUGAUCUCACUGACCUAGACGUGCUUAAGCUGGAACUGAUUCCCGAGGUGAGGUUCUCAGCAAAGGUUUCUCAGAUGACAAGCCUGCAGGAGCUGCAUCUUUGCCACUGCCCAGCCAAAGUGGAGCAGACUGCCUUUGCAUUCCUUCGUGACCAUCUCCGCUGCCUUCAUGUCAAGUUCACUGAUGUUGCAGAAAUUCCUAAUUGGGUGUAUCUGCUGAGAAGCCUGAGGGAGCUGAAUCUAGUUGGGAAUUUGAGCUCGGAAAAUAACAAAAUGAUAGGUCUAGAGUCCAUGCGCGAUUUGAAACACCUAAAAACAUUAUAUCUGAAGAGCAAUCUCACAAAAAUGCCAACCAAUAUCGCUGACCUCUCACCACAUCUUGUAAAAUUAGUGGUGCACAACGAGGACACCAAAUUAUUGGUACUCAAUAGUCUUAAAAAGAUGACUAACCUUGCUGAACUUGAGUUACAUAGCUGUGAGUUGGAGCGAAUUCCCCAUGCUAUUUUCAGCCUCACCAACCUACAGGAACUUGACCUAAAAUCCAACAACAUCCGAACCAUAGAGGAGGUCAUCAGCUUUCAACACCUCAAGAGGUUGACUUGCCUUAAACUGUGGCACAACAAAAUUAUUACCAUUCCAGCUUCCAUCGGCCAAGUGAAAACUUUAGAGGCCCUCCACCUGUCACACAACAAACUGGAGACCCUGCCUCCAGCCUUGUUCUCAUUGCCCAAACUCCGACAUCUAGAUGUGGGCCACAAUUCCAUUACAGUGCUCCCAACUGACGUAGGACUCCUACACAAUCUUCAACACCUGGCGAUUAACUCGAACAAAUUGGAGGUGCUUCCCAAACAACUGUUCAGAUGCACCAAACUCAAGGCACUCUGUCUUGGAAACAAUGGGCUCACCGUUCUGCCAGAGACAGUAGGACAACUUGUCCAGCUGACGCAGCUCGAGCUGCGAGGGAACUGUCUCGACCGACUUCCUGCCCAGUUGGGUAACUGCCGUUUGCUGCGCAAGAACUGCCUAAUUGUUGAGGACCACCUCUUUGAUGCACUGCCAGUUGAAGUGAAAGAAGGUAUCAGCCGAGAGACAAAUGUUUCCUUCACGAAUGGCUUAUAGCCGAUAAAAGGAAAAGCGGACACACGGAUAGGCUGGCAACUUUGAAAGUUAGCGGCGCCGUCAGGUGGUCCGAAAAAUGAUACCCUUUAAUAAUAUAUAUAUAUUUUCUGAUUAUUUCAAUGAUCAUAAUUAUAGCACAAUAGACACAUUAGAUAUUGUUCAAUUGGUAAUAGGUAAGAGGAACAGGACAGAGACAAAGAAAAUGACUUAAUGACUUGUGACUUAAUGCAGCUUAGCUUUUAAUUUUUAGCAUUGCUUGUGUUUUAAAACAGCAAAAUAUGUUAUGUUCAUGUUAUAAUAUUCCAUACACCAAAGUUCAUGUACAUGUUACAUUAAUUUAUUGUCCUAGGUACUCAGGUAUAAUUGUAACCGUGGGGAACAGCCUUUUGCCUUAAUUGCUGCUAAAAAAUCUUUUACAGUGGGGUCAGACGUCAAAACAAACAGCCCAAAAAAAAUGCAUUUUAGGUUACCAAGAUUUAUAUUAAUCUAUUGUACACUGUUCAUUUGGGCAUUUUCUAUAAAUAUGUAGUGUAAACAAUAAAACUAAAUGGUACAAUAGUUUUUAUAUGCAGAUUAUUAAAUAUAACAUGUUUGUAUUUAUUUCCCCAGGACUUGUAGGCCCCCAAAAAGUGUGCACUUUUUGGGGGCACAGUCAGAACUGUAGCUUGAGUAGUCUAACUUAUGUGACCGGUACGAGCCACUAUUGGACUUCUGCCUCGUCAGGGCAAAGAUUGUAUAUUGAUUAAGGCCUAAAGUACAGGAAUUCAUCUGUACCUUGAGAUAUGUAUUUGAUUGUUUAGUGAAUGCUUUUGCUAUUACAGCUACAAAGGACAUCCCUACCUUUAUCUUGUCCACUUGUGACUUUACCCAGAAGAACACAGUCAUCAGAAGGGAGAUAUAUUUUCCCUAACCUUUUCAUGUUUUUGAAAACAUGUUAAUUAUUUUACACAUGUUAAUUUAUCCCACUAAUAUUGCGAUUGUCCAUGGCUUAAGUGUGCAUUUCAGAACAUUGUAAUGAGAACUUGUUUUUUUGUUUGCUUCCGAUGUAUUUGUGUAUAAUGUUCAAAGCUGUUUUACUCAUCUUGACAGCUUCUGUACUUCCUGAAUGAUCACAUGCUCAAAGGUCAGUCUGUUAUGGCACAAUAAAACCAAAAAGUUGAUUGUUUCUUGUUGAUUUCAUGAUUGCGGAAAAGUGUAUGCAUCACAUGUUUACAUGUAAUGUAAACAUGUAAUUGGGAUUUUGUCAUUCCCAACCAGUUUGUUCUGCCAUAGGUGGCUCUUUUAAUCCGGUUAUAUUACUAGUAUUAAAGCUGCUACAGUAUUGUUGAGAAUGGUAGUUUUGGAAACUUAAAUGCAUUUGAGAAAACCUUAUGAUGCUUCAUUGACAUAAUGACCUGUUCUAGGUCAGGAAGAGAACAGAGAUUAGAACGAGAGAUUGGUGGGUAUUAACCUAGCCUAAAGAUCCAUGGGUUCGAUCCCCAAUGUCUGCAGUCAAGGAUAGUUUAGUAGUAUCUAAAUGAAUAAAUAGCUGGCUUGCAAUUCUUUUUAAAAAUAAAUGCUACGCUUCAGA